AUGUUUCUAUCACUUAUCCCACGCAAGGCUCCUGGAACCAGUAGGAUCAAGCUUCUGGGUUUGCCACAGAUCCAUCGAGGAAAACCCUUCAGUCCGAAGAAAAUCAACAAGAUCUCCCCGGUGACCCAUUGCGCCAGCAGAGCUCUAGUGCCUCGAGCAGACAAUCGCAAAGCACAGGUGGCCGAGAACACCAAGCAGGAGACGUUCCCUCUUUUCCAACUGGAUAUUUCGACCAAAACAUUCGGCGUCGCGUGGGAGAUAGAGGUGCACACACAUCACCAUCUCAUACACCACCAAGCCAAGGACUCGGUCUCAGUGGACUCAGACAUGGGCCAAGUCGCCGACCCUCACGCUCUUUCAGUGACAAAUGCUCUACUGAUGAGUCAUGCGACGAAGAAGAGGAAGAACGAGAUACUCUGGGCCCACGAAUUGCACUAA